AUGUCGACAUUAGAAAAUACUCUUUUUCAACUGAAAUUUACUUCAAAACAAUUACAGAAACAAGCUCUGAAAGCAUCUAAAGAAGAAACGAAAGAAACCAAUAAAUUGAAAAAAAUACUACAAAAUUCCAAUAAUGAUGAUAAUCAAGAAAUUGCUAAAAUUUAUGCUUCAAACGCUAUAAGGAAAAAGAAUGAACGUUUACAACUAUUGAAAUUAUCAUCAAGAAUCGAUUCAGUAGCUUCACGAGUUCAAACAGCAGUCACAAUGAGGCAAGUAUCAAAUUCAAUGAAUCAAGUGUGUAUUGGCAUGGAUAGAGCCUUAAAAACAAUGAACUUACAACAGAUUACAAUGAUUAUGGACAAAUUCGAUACUCAAUUCGAAGAUUUAGAUACUUCAGUAAACGUAUAUGAAGAUAUGGGUACCAAUACUGACGCGAUAGUGGUUGAUAAUGAUAAAGUAGAUGAACUAAUGAAUAAAGUCGCUGAUGAAAACGGUAUUGAAUUAAGACAAUCUGCGAGAGUCGAUACGUUACCAGAAAUUAAAAAUGAUUCAAAUAAAGUUCAAGUGUCAGAUGAGAAAGAAGAUAAAUUGGCUGAAAGAUUAAGAGCUCUACGUGGUUAA